CAGACAACAAGUCCAGGAAACAGACUUGUAUCGUUACAUUUUGCCACAGUGGUGGCAUGAAAUGUAUGAAAUAACUCUUAAAUCUGUACGGAUUGUGUGGACAACAUAUGAAGGGAUAUAUGUUGUUCUACCUGACUUCAGCAAAAGAUGGCACUAACGAGCAACAAGACUGAGCUGAGUGCAGAUGACUUCUUGGAGAAAUGGGACCUACUUGGCUCUGGGGGAUUUGGUUGUGUCUACAAAGCCAGGCACAAGCUCUGGAGUUUUGAUGUGGCCAUUAAGCGACUUCAUGAUGGUGUUGGCACUGAGAAAGCACUCUAUGAAGAGGCUUCUCAUAUGGAUGAGGCCUCCUCUGAGUUUGUCGUGCGGGUUUAUGGAUUUUUUAAGGAAGGAAAUGCCAUGAGAAAGGGAAUAGUCAUGGAAUUCAUGAGAGGAGGCUCCAUUCAGUCCCUGCAGAAGGACCUGUCUGGCCCUCCACCGUCGGCCCUGGCCUUCCGCCUGGCCCAUCAGGUGGCUCUAGCCAUAAACUUCCUCCAUUUAAAAGGUCUUAUGCACCAAGACCUAAAGCCAAGUAAUGUGCUGCUGAAUGACGACCUCAAUGCCAAGCUGGCAGAUUUUGGUCUGUCCAGGGUUUCAACCAGUACAUUCAACAACAAGGACAAAAUGACAGGAGAAAUCGGAGGCUCAUACAAGUACAUGCCUCCUGAAGCUUUCGAAGUGUCAUACAAACCUGUUCGUGCUUUUGACAUAUACAGCUAUGGUAUCCUUCUCUGGUCCAUUGUUACUGGCGAAGAACCCUAUCCAGGUAAGGAUUACAGCCUUGUGGAACUGAAGAUCCCUAAAGGGGACAGACCUCAGGAUAUUUGCCAGAAGGAGGUAGAGGGGUUAAAAGAGCUUGUUGGCCUCAUGAAGAGUUGCUGGGUCAAUGAACCCUCUGAGAGGCCUGCUGCUAAAGAGUGCUGUAAAGUCACUGAGAGUCUGUUCUCCAGGCAUGAGACGGGAAUUAGUGAUGCUGUCCAUUACGUCAAGAAAAGACUGGAUUCACAGACCAAUAAUCAACAUUCAAACACACCUGUUGCCUUCAGUUGUCCUUUUCAACCACCAGAAGAGUCAAAGUUACAUGAUGAGGCGGAUCAUGCAGGAUUUGAAAAUCCUUUAAGGUCUUUUCAACAGCUGCAGUUGAAAACAGAUGUAGUAAGUACAGAUCCUGUCACUGUGUCUCUUGAAAAAAUGAAUGACACAGAUAAAGCAAAGUUUGUUGAUACCAAAAGGGCAGCGUUAAUCCAAAGCGUUUCUGAGGUACUGGCAAUAGCAGAGGAGCUUGGAAGCAUGGUCCACGGUGAAACUUACUCACUGAUCGAAGUUAAACAGACAAGCCAGGAGAGAAUGAGAGUGCUCUAUCAGCGGACGUUUCGGUCAGGAGGGGUAAUUGUCAAAGCAGCCUUCUACGACGCCCUCAAAAAACAUCACCCCAACCUAGUGGAGGAUCUAGGUCGCUAACUCCAAAAGGACUUUCCUUGUCUCUCAUCCACCCAUGAUGACCAAACCUACACUUGAGUCUUUCAUCAAAAUGAAUAUAUUUUACUCAUAUGUAUAUAUCUAAUGUGUAAAUAUCUUACUACACCAACCUGUUUUUUAAUUUAACAUAUUAUAUGUAUAUAUUUGAAUAAAUAAAUAAAAUUGUCUCACAGUAGUGUUGUGUGGUGGCUGUGGCUUAAUAAUCAGCAACACACGUUUGGCUUU